UCCGGUAGUGGGCGCCAACGUGCCGUGAGCCUUCUUGUAGCUCGGAGUUCACGAGGAAGAGAACGUGCGUCGCACACGUUGCUCGCUGUGAAGAGUGUUGGGUGAAUGCGUUUUUAAACACGUUACGGGAAAAAUGCGCGUUAAAAAGGGAAAAGAGAAGAAAACAAACGACGAAGAUCCAGUUAGGAAUUUUGAGAAGUGGAAAAAGAAACAUGACAAAACCAAAAAACGAACGAAGCCACCCAAAAAGAAACGCGAGUGGGAGAUAGAAAGAGAAAACAUCGAGAAGCUGGUGGGCAGAUACGGACAGAUAAAUCCAAAAGAGGUAAUAAAGUUCUCAGACUUUCCACUCUCACAGAAGACGCUGAGAGCCCUACUUGAGUCUCAGUAUCGGCAGCCCACAGAGAUCCAAAAACAGACAAUUGGCUUUGCUCUGCAAGGAAAAGAUGUUCUGGGUGCUGCAAAAACUGGUUCUGGAAAAACUCUGGCUUUUCUCAUUCCGGUCUUGGAGUGUUUAUACCGUCAGCAGUGGACAGCAGUGGAUGGUCUUGGUGCUCUUAUUAUCUCUCCUACUCGUGAGCUAGCAUACCAGACAUUUGAGGUGCUGAGGAAAGUGGGCAAGAACCAUGAUUUCUCAGCUGGUCUUGUGAUUGGUGGAAAGGACCUGAAGGAUGAGUCGCUGAAGAUCCACCGUACUAAUAUAAUCAUCUGCACACCAGGGCGUCUGCUGCAGCACAUGGAUGAGAAUUCCUCCUUCCAUGCCUCAGACCUGCACAUGCUUGUGUUGGAUGAAGCAGACAGAAUUUUGGAUAUGGGCUUUGCUGACACAGUCAAUGCAAUCGUAGAGAACCUUCCCAAAACCAGACAGACGCUGCUCUUCUCUGCCACACAAACCAAAUCUGUUAAAGACCUGGCCAGACUCAGCCUGAAGAACCCUGAGUAUGUCUGGGUUCAUGAGCAGGCUAAGUUCAGCACUCCUGCUACUCUGGAACAGAGCUAUGUGGUGUGUGAGCUGCAUCAGAAGGUCAACAUGCUCUUCUCAUUUUUGAGGAGUCAUCUGCAGAAAAAGAUUAUUGUCUUUUUCGCUUGCUGCAAAGAGGUGCAGUACCUGUUCCGUGUCUUCUGUCGACUGCGGCCAGGCAUCUCAGUGCUUGCCCUGCAUGGAAAGCAGCAGCAGAUGAAGAGGGUGGAGGUCUAUAAUGAGUUUGUCCGCAAGAAAGCUGCUGUGCUCUUUGCUACAGACAUUGCUGCAAGAGGCCUCGAUUUUCCUGCUGUGAACUGGGUGGUGCAGUUUGACUGUCCAGAGGAUGCCAACACAUACAUCCACAGAGUGGGGAGGACAGCCAGGUACAAGGAAGGAGGAGAGGCUCUGCUCGUCCUGUUGCCUUCAGAAGAGAAGGGUAUGAUCGCUCAGCUUCAAGAGAAAAAAGUCCCCAUCAACAAAAUCCAGGUGAACCCGGAGAAGCUGGUAUCCGUGCAGCAGAAGCUGGAGGCCUUCCUGGCCCAGGAGAAGGAGCAGAAGGAGAGAGCUCAGAGAUGUUUCGUUUCCUACCUUCGCUCCAUCUAUCUGAUGAAGAACAAAGACGUCUUUGAUGUGUUUCAGCUCAAGCUCCCAGAAUACGCCACGUCUCUGGGUUUAGCUGUAGCUCCUCGGGUGCGGUUCCUGGGAAAGGCACAGAAGCAGAGAGAGACAGCAGCUCAGGAAAGCAACACUGCUGCAGAGAGCGAUUCAGAUGAGGAACUCAAGAGCUUCAAGGCCCAGCUCAGAGGAGACAGCAAACCCAGCACACAAAAUUCUCAGUCUGAAGAGGAGGAGGACAGCGAUGAAGAGGAGGAGGAUGACAGUGAAGAAGAGGAUGAGGAUGAUGAAGAGGAAGAAAGAGACAAGAAUACUGGAGGUCUGCUUGGUACUGAUGAGGAAGAAGAUGAUGACUUAAGGGAUGUAGACCUACUGACAGUCAAACAAAAAGAUGUGUUUAAUGUCAAUGAAAACGAGCAGGACGAGAAGGUUGACGAAGGCAAGAACAAAAAAGAGUCUAAAUUCAAGGAGGCAAAGAAAAUUCAAAAGAGAAACUUCAGGGUGAACACAAAGAAGAUCUUCACAGAUGAGGGGGAGGUGGUGCAGCAGUGGCCUCCGCAGCAGAGGACAAUAGUGCAAGAUGAGGAGGAGGAGGAGGAGGAUGAUGAGGAGACAUCAGGCAUUAACGUGGAGGCAGCCAAGGAACGUCUACGCAAGGAGGACCAAGAGUUUGAUAAGAAGGAAUACACCAGAAAGAUUAAAGAGAAACACCGGGAGAAAAGGCUGAAGGAGAAGGCUGCACGAAGAGAAGCCAGCAAACGCACAAAAGAGAAGGACAGUGCGGAGGGCGAAGAUGAAGAUGAGGAAGUGGUUGCAUACCUAUCAGGAGCUGAUGAUGAAGAGUUUGACCCCAGCAUGUUGCCUGAUCCUGACAAAGUACGAGAAUCGGAGGAAGAAGAUGACGAAGGCAGUCCUGAGUGCACUGGCAGGAAGAGGACUCACAGCUGCAGUAGCAGUCAAGAUGAGGAUGAUGAAGGACACUGGCGGACGGGGAGAAAGAAGGCCCGGCAGACCUCCUCAGGAGCGGAGCCUCUGGACACUGGCCUCUCUCUGGUUGAGGACGAGGAGCUGGCUCUGCAUUUGCUGGGCAGCCGGAGCUAGUUUUCCAGGGCCACGUGACCAAAGCCUGGCCCCACCCACAUGCUUAUACCUCUCCCACAGCGGACUCUAUUUGCAGAAUCUUCUCCUGCAUUUAUAGCUGAUGUAAUUUAAUUUUUUGUCAAAUAAAACUUGAUAUUCUGGAUGUUAAACAUUUCCAAA